GGCAGAACUGUUUCCGCUGUGGUCCGGAAGUAGUUAGCAUCCAGCAACAGUUAGCUGUGUGAUUCAUGUUGUGAUUAAAGGACGCUAAAAUACAGAAUGUCAGAGCAGGCGAUAACAGUGACAGUUGCAUACGGAUCUACUAAGCACAGCAUCACAGUAACGGGCCAGGAAGAUGGAAAGAGUCCAACUGUUAAAGACCUGUCAGAUGCUCUCACUCAAGUUACUGGUGUUCCAUCAGCCUCGCAGAAACUCAUCUUCAAAGGGAAAUCACUGAAGGACAUGGAGGAGAGUCUACCAAGCUAUGGGAUAAAAGAUGGUUGCAAACUCAUGAUGAUUGGAAAGCGGAACAGUCCUGAGGAGGAAGCUGAACUAAAGAAGCUGAAAGACAUUGAGAAAUCUGUGGAACAGAUGGCCAAAAAGCUGGAAAAGGUAGACGGGGAGUUGACUGGACUCAAGAACGGCUUCCUGGCCAAAGAUCUCCAGGCAGAAGCGCUGGGUAAACUAGACCACAGAGUUAAAAUAGCAGCAGAGCAGUUCAUGAAGAUCCUGGAGCAGAUAGAUGCUCUGAGCAUCCCAGAAAAUUUUAAUGACUGCAGAAUGAAGAAAAAGGGACUUGUUAAGACAGUGCAGGAUUUCCUGGCCCAGUGUGACAAGAUCGAGGCGUGUAUAUCAGACCACUUAUCAAAGAUCCAGUCUAAAAACCUAGCCCUGGCAGAGUAAAGAAGUCUCCUACAUAUCAUGUGCUACACAUUGCUCUGUGAGCAACUGCAAAGUGUACAGAAAGCUUCAGGUGUGGAGCAGAUCCUUGUCUAUUUAUUGUUGGCGUGAUGUGUCCGAGAGAGCCCUCAUCACAAAGAAUCCUGUUAAUCCUAGUUAACACUGACACUCGGUUAAACUGAUGUGUGCUCUUAUAGAGCAUUAAGACUGAUAUGUGAUGAGAUGUUUUCUGAGAUAUCGACACUCUGUGAAAGGAUCAGAGGUGCUUUGAAUUGUGGCAAAACAUCCCAGACUAGUGCUAAAUAGUACUCCCACUGCCAAAUGUUCAUCAAAUUACCUGUGAUGACAAAAGUAAACUAUUACUAAAAUGACCCCCAAAAUCUCAAGAACUGUGUACACAAACAUAGGAAAACAUUUUUCAUUGUGAUGUUGCAUCUGCGGAGUGUGCCAUAUGGCAUUUAAUACACACAUGUGGCCGAACGUAUGUGGACCCCUGAAUUUUAUACUUCUAAAACACACACAGGAGGUCUGUCAAGAUCUUCUUCAAAUUGGGAAAACCAUUUCUUGAUGGAGGUCACUUUUUGCAUGGGAGCAUGUUAAAAAAAAGGUGCAGCGGGUUCUUCUAUCACCAGUAGUUAAAAGUAAACAAGCUGUACUUUGAAAAUAAGGUCAUUUACAUAGUGUUUAAGCACAUUAGUGUCAAAUAUCACUGUAUACUAACAGGAACUACAGGGCCUACCUCAAAUUAGAGCUGGAGCUAUGAGGCCGUUAAAAGAAAAGUGAUCUGCAAGUAUUUUGAUAAUGGAUUAAUCCUUUAAAUUAAUUUGAACUUUUUAAGUAAAAAUAUAAAAUGCCAUCCUAUUCCAGUUUCACACUUGUGAGGAUUUGCUGCUCUUGUCUAGUGUGACAGAAAACUGAACAUUCUUGGAUUUUUAACUCACAUAAUCAAAUUGAUUGCAUCACCUUGAGUAUUUUUUCAACAUUGACAUUUUAUAGACCAAAGGAUUAAUUGAGCAGAUAAUUUAGUUACAGCCCCACACCAGGACAAGACUGUCCACAUACUUUUGGCCAUAUAUUGUAUGUUUUUAUUAUUCAGUCUACAUUGAGAGUCUACACCUUUGUUUAAUCCAGUGACUGAUCCUGUGUAUUCAUGUAUCUUUGAAACGUGUGUAAACUGUGGAACUGUAAUUUACUUUGAGUCAUCAUCACCAUGAAAAACACAUUGUGUCUUUUUUCCUUUUGUUUUAAAAUAAAUACUUUUGCUAAAUGAA